AUGUCGUUUGCACACAGAGUCUCCACGCAGUUCGCGUCCACGACGACGAGGUCGAUUUCGAAGAACACCGCCACCAAGAAAUCAACCUUGUCAUCGUCGUCGCGUAAAUCCGUCGGUGUUCGCGCCGUCAUCACCGAACCGGUCGCGUCCGCGGAAAACAAAGCCGCGUACGAUGAUUUUUCCGGCAUGUUGGGUGACUAUUUAGUCGAUUACAAGGUUGGCGACAAAAUCAUGGGUAAAGUCUCCGCGAUGAACACCAAAGGUGCUUACGUCGAUAUCGGCGGAAAAGCCCCUGCGUUGUGCCCAACCGUGGAGUGCUCCUUGGCGUCUGUUCGUAACGCCGCGGCGGUAUUCGACGAAGGACAAGAGUACGAAUUUGAAAUUGUGAAGGGCGACGACGGCGAAGGGUCGAUGACGUUGUCCGUGCGCAAAAUCCAAUUAGAAGCGGCAUGGGAGAGAUGCCGACAAGCGCAAGCGGACGACUUGGCGUUGUCGAGCGAAGUGUUGUCGGUGAACAGAGGCGGUAUCUUAGUUGAGGUUGAAAACUUGAGAGGCUUCAUCCCGCAAUCCCACCUCGGCCCUCGCUUAGCUUUGGGUGACAGAGACGAAUUGGUUGGACAAACUUUACCGGUGAAGUUUAUCGAAGUUGAUGAAGAGAAGAACCGCUUAGUCGCGUCGCACAGAUUGGCGACUGAUUUAGUUUCUGGCGAAGGUUUAGAUGUUGGGGACGUCGUCACUGGCAUCGUCCAGGCGGUCAAGCCGUACGGUGCGUUCGUUGAUGUUGGUGGCCAAAGUGGUUUGUUGCACAUCUCUCAAAUUUCGCACGAGAGAAUUGUUGCGGUUGAAAACGUCUUGUCCCCGGGUGACGAAUUGAAGGUGUUGAUUUUGUCCAAGGACAAGGAACGCGGGCGUUUGUCUUUGUCCACGAAGAAAUUGGAGCCGAACCACGGCGAUAUGUUGAGAAACCCGAGUUUAGUUUACGAAAAGGCCGAAGAGAUGGGUAAAUUGUUCAGAGAACGCGUCGCUGCUGCGGAAGCCGCCGCCGAAGGGGGUUCUCCAACGGACGAAGUAGUUGCGAGCUCUGACGAAUAA